GUUUCAGUGAGCAUGUCUGUGUCUGUGUCACUGCAAUGCCUCUGUUGACAGUUGCCCACCCCAAAAGUCGAGGGGGUACAGGACAGGGAUGGAGAGUGGACCAGGGCCUAGCCUUUAAAUGGAUGGAGGAGGUAAAGGAGGAUGAAGAGAUAAAACUUGUCGAGAGGAGCCGAAAACAGCAGAGCAGUUCAAACCAAACACCACUUGUUCAUCAGUCACAGCAAACCUCUUGGUCACAGACUCUGAGGACGCUGCUACCCUGGAGGAGCUGGUUCAGUUUCCUUCCAGUCGGUGUAGUGUGGUUAGUCUGUCAGGUGGAGGCGCCACUGCACCUCUAUCAACCCCUGGUUGAUGUGUGCUUGAGGCUCCUGUUGGUGUGUCUGCUGUGGAUGGUUCUGGGAGGUUGUGUCUAUGCCCUGAAGUACCGCCUGCAGCCAGGACAGAAUCAGGGGGAGACUCCACGGAGGGUACAGCAGGAGGUUGUUACUGAAAACAAGAACAACCACUGUUUAUGGAUGUCCCAGAAGAGGAGCCCGGGCCACUGUGUUCCUCUGGCCCUUGCCCUGGCUGACAGCCUGCUGCUGUGUGUGCUUCAGGAGCCACUGCCAGACCCCACUGUGCCCCACAUAAAGGGCCUUCUCUCCAGGCUGGAGUCAGUGUCUCAAACACUUGAGAGAGCUGUUACUGGGUCAGAGGUGACACUGGAGGAGGAUGGAGACUCUGUACUGGAAGACAAAGUGAAGCUCAUCCGCUCCUACCUGCAGCAGAGGAUGAGGUCACUAUGCAGACUCGUCCAGGUGCAGGGGGAUUUUGAAUCCAGUGUGAAGGACAUGCUGGAGGGACUAGAAGGCCUCUGGGUUCAGCUGGAGGAGCUGCACACUGAGGUCACGCUCACCAAAGAGGGGAGCCAAGGCCACGGAGACCUGGCCUCUGCCCAGACAGAUGUAGAGACUUUGUUCACAGUCUUGGGUCACUACAGGAACAGACUGCAGUGCUGCGAGGCUCAUCUGAAGGACAGCACACAACUACUGCAGGAGUUGACCUGGAGUUACACUCACAUGAGUGCCAGUGUGCGCAGCAGGAGUGAGUCAGUCUGGCCAGAGCUGUUGCUUCAAUCCAACAUUGAGCAGUUUGACAAGGUGCAGGACAGUUUCCUUCCCCUGGAACAACAGACCUCUACGUUCCAGGCCCACCUUGAGGGACUUGGAAAGGCAAAUCAGGAAAGACAUGCAGGGCCACUCACUCAUGCUAACGGGGCCCAUUCACGCUCAGCCUCUCCAAAGACUUCCCUGCAUCUCGACAGCAGAUGCACAAGUGAUGUGGAGCGCCGUAACUCAACAUCCACAUCUGUCUCCUCAAUGGAUGCAGACACAGACAUAGAAAAAGACAGUCCUCUCUCACUGUGUGAGAGGUCAGCUCUGCAGUUCACCUCCACAAUCGGACGCCUGCGUAAAUCUGGAAGAAGGAAGUGACUUUUAUCGGACAGUACUUUGAACAUUCACCAACGAUAUUUUAAAUAGAUUUUAAUUAACAAGGGAGAAUGUUUUCAAAUGUUGAUCAUUUGC